GUGUGUGUGUCAUACUAUUUGGGGGUCCUCAUUCCUAGAGGACUGCUUGGUUCAGCAGCGUUUCUCCUUGCAUUGAGAGAGUUUGGUAUGACUCCCACAGGACAACAUACACAGAUGCAUGAUAUUGGCUCUGACGUCUAAGGGCACAGCAGAUAGAAGACCAUGGAAGAACUCACUCUGCUACUCUGGCUCCUGAUAGUUCCUCUUCAAUCAUUUGUACUUCAGCCCAGAGUGGAAAUGAUCCUCAUAGAAGACUCUGUCAGAGAAACAGAUCCCUGGUCAGACUGGAGACCUGAGAGACUGAGGGAGACCAACACAGCAGACGGAGAGGAGGGUGAAGAACUCACUGCAACCCACCCUGAAGAGAAGAGGGAGGAAGAGGGUAGGAGUGAGGAUGGACUAACUCCAGAGACUGUAUCUGAGAAGUGGAGAAUAGAGGAGGAGAAGGGGGCAGCAGAGCAGGAGGGCCAUGAGGAAGAGCGAGGGAUGGAGGAAGAGAGAACGCUGGUUGGAGGGCUUGAUUACAGAGAGAAGAAGAGAUUUGAAAAUUGGGAGAUAGAAGCUGAUGAGGAACAUGAAGAGGAGGAGGAGAGAGGAGAUAAUGGAGAGGGGAGACAUGAAGAAGGGAUUAGAUCAGAUGAUGAGGAGAGAGGUGGUAAGGAACAGAGAGCAUAUGGAGGAGAGGAGAAACUAGAGGAAAACCUGAGAGUUGAGGAAGUUAAAGAACCCAGUGUAGAUCAAAGCGAGGGAAACUACUUAGUCGUUACACACAUGGACCUCCCCUCUCCAACCAGCACUUCCUCCUCUCCUGUAGAAAAAGUAAUGGACACUCAACCUGUCAAUCAAGCUAUCAACGAACCCAUGUCCCCUCCCCCUGCAGCUAUGCCUGUUCCACUUUAUGAUGUCACUCCUCCACCUGCCACUCAACAUGGCCCUCCACCAGUUACACCCUCUACCCCCUCUCAAGUUCCAGAGUCUGCCACUCAUGCUCUCACUCAACCUGCCAGUCAUAUCCAAGACCCGGCUCCAGAGGCAGAGGAGGCCAUCUCAUUGGUGUACAGUGAGCUCAUUAUGGUUCAGAGUGUGACUGACAGCUCCCAGACAAAUCUCAGGGAGGGGGAGAGUUUUGUUUCGCAAUCGAUGGAGGUCAAAGUUGGCCCAAUUAUCAAGGUUUCAGUCAACGACAAUCAGACUGAGAGGAACAGCAUUGUUUUUCUCAAAGAGACAGAAAAUACAGUCAAGCAGCUAAAGUCUACAGACAAACCAAAACAAGCAAAACCCACAGCCAAGGAACUGCAACCUACAGCCAAACCAAAAGAGAUGACAAAACCCACAGCCAAGGAACUGCAACCUACAGCCAAACCAAAAGAGAUGACAAAACCCACAGCCAAGGAACUGCAACCUACAGCCAACCCAAAAGAGAUGACAAAACCCACAGCCAAGGAACUGCAACCUACAGCCAAACCAAAAGAGAUGACAAAACCCACAGCCAAGGAACUGCAACCUACAGCCAAACCAAAAGAGAUGACAAAACCAACAGCCAAACCCAAAGUGACGGUACAGACAAACUCUACACCCAAAACACAACAGACAAAACCUACAGCCAAACCAGCAGUGCCAAAACACACAAUGAAGCUGACACAGACUACCAAGAGUAUCAAGACAAAGACAGGGAAACAUCAAAAGAAAGACAAAAUAAAUGAGAGGAAAGGUAAACCUCUGAAAAAGGACAACAAAACCAAAGAGACAAAACAGGAGAAGAAGGAGGGCACAAAUCCUGCAUACUUCCCCUACUUCAAAGACAGCUACUGUCCCCCGGAGUGUGCCUGCUAUGGACGAGUGGUCCAGUGUUCCGACAAGGGGCUGGAGAAGGUUCCGUACGGCAUCCCUUAUAACUCCCGCUACGUCCUCCUGAUGAACAACCGCAUCGACAGCAUUCAGCUGGACCUGCUCAAUGAGUACCUGUCCAUGGAGUUCCUGGUGCUCAGCAACAACCGGCUGACAGACGGCUCCAUCGAGGGGGCCUUCGAGGGCAUCCCGGCCCUGAGGCGGCUCUACCUGGACCAAAACCUACUGGAGAGUGUGCCCACAGACCUGCCCGCCUCCCUGGAAGAGCUGCGUCUGGAUAACAACCAGCUUAAUGUGAUGUCGGAGGGAGCCUGGGCCAACUGCCCCGGCCUGCUGGUCCUCAGCCUGAGCAACAACAGCCUGGGGAAUGUGAAUGAUACUCUCCCCGCCAGUGUGCUCUCACCUCUGGGCAGCCUGCGCACGCUCAGCCUGGACCACAACCGGCUGGCCUCGGUGCCUCUUGGCUUACCUCUAUCUAUCAGGGAGUUGUACCUCCGUGGCAACCUUAUCCAGCAGUUUCCAGGGGAGGCCUUCAUGGGUACCUCGGAGCUGGUGAUUCUGGAUCUGAGUGCUAACCGGCUAACCAACCAUGGCCUUCUCAGGGAGUCCCUCAUCAACGCCACCCACCUGGAGAGCCUCAACUUAGAGGGCAACCAGCUCAAGAAGGUACCCCGCCACCUCCCCUCUUCCCUCAAAACCCUGAACCUGGAGGGCAACCUCAUCUCCUCCCUGGGCAAAGCCUCCUUCCUCCACCUCCCCCACCUGGAGCACCUGGGCCUGGCCAGGAACAAGAUAGCCAGGGUGGCCUCGGGGGCCUUCAGGGCGCUGCCCGUCCUGCACCAGCUGGACCUGUGUCACAAUGCCCUGAGCCAGGUGCCCAGGCAGCUGCCCCGGGGGCUACACUCAGUGGCACUCACACACAACAAGAUCCACUCAGUGCCCCGCGACGCCUUCUGCUGGGGGGGUUCAGACCCCGGCCUCAGCAACCUGGUGCUGGUGCAGCUGGAGCACAACCUCAUAGACCUGGGCCACAUGGACGCAAAAGCCUUCCACUGCCUCAGAGGCUUCCAGAUGGUACACUUCUACUGAGCUGCAGUCUAUAGAAUCCUGCAGGACAGUCAAACUGCAAAUAUAGAUUAUAGACAAUCCAACAACUGAAAACAAUUGCAGGGGUUUUUCUGCUCAACCUGAAAGUCUGUUGGGCUCUAAAAUGGCGGUAAAAUGUUCUGCAAUACACAGAGAAACAAACAUCAUGUCGGGAGCUGAUUUUGAUUCAACAUUACAAGAUAACAAUGCAAGAUGGCCAGUUGAGUGAACUUGGAUCUCAAUGUGGAUAGCUAUACUGUACUGUAUGUCGUCGCUUGGGUAAAGCUGUGAUUGAUGGAAGCCGUGAUAUGUGUUCAGAGAAAAUACUUGUUUGAACCGCUCCCAUGAAGUCUGUGUUGAAAGACUAUGGCCUACUUAAAGGUCAAUGAUGCCACAUACAGUUGAAGUCGGAAGUUCACAUACACCUUAGACAAAUUCAUUUAAACUCAGUUUUUCACAAUUCAUGACAUUUAAUCCUAGUAGAAAUUCCCUGUCGUUGGUCAGUUAGGAUCACC